AUGGCCUUCGCCGGCCAAACACCCACGAUUGUCGUGCUGAAGGAAGGCACCGACGCUUCCCAGGGCAAGGGUCAGAUUAUCUCUAACAUCAACGCAUGUGUUGCCGUUCAGUCAACGGUCAAGAGCACCUUGGGCCCGUACGGUGGUGACCUCCUGCUUGUUGACGCCAACGGCAGACAAACCAUUACGAACGAUGGAGCUACUGUGAUGAAGCUUCUCGAUAUUGUGCACCCCGCCGCCCGCAUUCUCACGGACAUCGCCCGAUCCCAAGAUGCUGAAGUCGGUGACGGAACAACCUCGGUGGUUGUCCUGGCCGGUGAGAUUCUCAAGGAGGUGCGAGAUCUCGUCGAGCAGGGUGUGAGCUCGCAGACGAUCAUCAAGGGUCUGCGGAGAGCCGGCGCCAUGGCCGUCAACAAGGUCAAGGAAAUUGCGGUGGACAUGAUCGAGUCGGCAGAGAAUGAGGAUAAGAAAAUUGAGACGCUGCGGCGGUUAGCCGCUACGGCCAUGAACAGCAAGCUUAUCAAGCGGAAUUCGGACUUCUUCACAAAAAUGGUUGUCGAUGCCGUCCUCAGUUUGGAUCAGGAUGAUCUCAACGAGAAGUUGAUCGGUGUGAAGAAGAUUACCGGUGGUGGCCUUCAGGACUCCCUUUUCGUCAACGGUGUCGCUUUCAAGAAGACUUUCUCCUACGCCGGUUUCGAGCAGCAGCCCAAGCACUUCAAGGACCCGAAGAUAGUUUGCUUGAAUGUCGAGCUGGAGUUGAAGAGUGAGAAGGACAACGCGGAGGUUCGUGUGGAACAGGUCUCUGAGUACCAGGCCAUCGUCGACGCGGAAUGGCAGAUCAUCUUUAACAAGCUCGAUGCGAUCUACAAGACUGGCGCGAAGGUUGUACUGAGCAAGCUGCCCAUUGGUGAUCUUGCGACUCAGUACUUUGCGGACCGUGACAUCUUCUGUGCUGGCCGCGUUGCGUCUGAUGAUAUGGACCGUGUAUGCCAGGCCACCGGCGCUGCUACCCAGUCGACCUGCAGUGACAUCCAGGAGCGCCACUUGGGUACCUGCGGCGCGUUCGAGGAGAAACAAAUUGGUGGAGAGCGCUUCAACCUCUUCUCUGAGUGCCCUGCUGCCAAGACCUGCACUCUCGUCCUGCGUGGUGGUGCUGAGCAAUUUAUUGCCGAGGUGGAGCGCAGUCUGCACGACGCCAUCAUGAUCGUCAAGCGUGCUCUCCGCAACACCACCAUCGUUGCUGGUGGAGGUGCCACUGAAAUGGAACUGUCCAGCCACCUGCACGGCUUCGCCGACCGCAAUGUGCCUCACAAGCAGCAGGCUGUGGUCAAGGCAUUUGCCAAGGCUCUGGAGGUUAUCCCCCGCCAGCUUUGCGACAACGCCGGCUUCGAUGCCACCGACGUUCUGAACCGCCUGCGUGUGGAGCACCGCAAAGGCAACACCUGGGCCGGCGUCGACUUUGAUAACGAGGGUGUCCGCGAUAACAUGGCUGCUUUCGUGUGGGAGCCCAGUCUGGUUAAGGUUAAUGCCAUCCAGGCUGCCGUUGAGGCUGCUUGCCUGAUCUUGAGCGUGGACGAGACAAUCAAGAACGAAGAGUCGGCUCAGCCCGGCGCUCCCCAGCGUGGUCUUCCCCCGGGUGCUGCCCAGCGGGCUCUUAGGGGCCGUGGCCGCGGCAUGCCCCGUCGCUGA